CGUCCGGCGGCGCCAUCGCGGGCGGCCGGUGCGGAGCGAGCGGGGCUGCUCCUCGAGCCGGGCGGCUCCUCGGAAGAAGCCUCCGUGAUGUGAUUUGAGCAGUCAUGGUGUGUCAUGCAACCGUUCAGAAAGGAAUGUUUCCUGCUUCUCUGCUGCUUUGCUUUGUGAGUAAUCUGGAGGGAAGACAGCCCCCUGGGGACCCUGCUAAACUUAAGAAGGUUUACUUAGAAACUUUGCAGACUGUAUCAUGGAGUGCAAGAUACCGGGGAAAGAAAAAUACCAACACAGCUUGAAUUUACUGGAUAAAAUCAAGAACAUGAAGGAGUUAGCAGAAAUGGUUGAUGUGGUGCUCAUAGCAGAAGAAGAAAAAUUUCCUUGUCACCGACUGGUCCUGGCUGCAUUUAGUCCUUAUUUCAAAGCCAUGUUCACCUGUGGACUCCUCGAAUGUACUCAGAGGGAGGUUAUACUCCAUGACAUCACAGCAGAAAGUGUGUCAGUGAUACUAAAUUACAUGUACAGUGCAGCCUUGGAGGUCAAUAAUGCAAAUGUGCAGACAGUGGCGAUGGCUGCCUAUUUUAUGCAGAUGGAAGAAGUCUUUGCCGUAUGUCAAAAAUAUAUGAUGGACCACAUGGAUGCCUCCAACUGUGUAGGUAUCUAUUAUUUUGCAAAGCAGAUUGGAGCUGAAGAUUUAUCUGAUCGAUCGAAGAAAUAUUUAUAUCAGCACUUUGCCGAGGUGAGCCUACACGAGGAAAUACUAGACAUUGAAGUGCAUCAGUUCCUGACGCUUAUUAAGUCAGAUGAUCUUAACAUAUCCAGAGAGGAGAGCAUUCUGGACUUAGUUCUGAGGUGGGUGAAUCAUAACCAAGAAUUGCGCACAGGGCAUCUUGUUGAACUGUUGAAGCAAGUGAGAUUGGAACUUAUAAAUCCUGGUUUUUUGAGACAAGCCCUGAAAAGGAACACAAUGCUUCUGUGUGAUGCGGACUGCAUUGACAUCAUUCAAAACGCAUUCAAAGCCAUCAAGGCACCCCAGCAGCACUCUCCAAAUCUCCGCUACGGCAUGGAGACUACCAGUCUUCUGCUCUGUGUCGGUAACAACUCUUCAGGAAUCCGAUCAAGACGUAGGAACUAUGGAGAUGCCAGUUUUUGCUAUGACCCUGUGUCACAGAAGACCUAUUACAUCUCUUCUCCCAAGUACGGUGAGGGCUUAGGAACUGUGUGUACUGGUGUCGUCAUGGAAAAUAACACGAUAAUUGUGGCUGGAGAAGCAAGUGCCUCUAAACUCUCUAGACAGAAGAACAGGAACGUUGAAAUCUACAGGUAUCAUGAUAGAGGAAACCAGUUUUGGGAAAAGCUAUGCACAACUGAAUUUCGAGAGCUGUAUGCUCUGGGUAGUGUCCAUAAUGACCUCUAUGUUAUAGGAGGUCAGAUGAAAAUUAAAAACCAGUAUCUCAUUACCAACUGUGUUGAUAAGUACUCUGUGGAACGAGACAGUUGGAAAAGGGUGUCUCCCCUUCCAGUACAAUUGGCGUGUCACGCUGUAGUAACAGUGAAUAAUAAACUUUACGUGCUUGGAGGCUGGACCCCUCAGAUGGAUCUUCCUGACGAAGAACCUGAUCGAUUAAGCAACAAACUAUUGCAGUACGACCCCAGCCAAGAUGAGUGGCAAGAGCGGGCACCCAUGAAGUACUCUAAGUACCGGUUCAGCGCAGCCGUAGUCAACAGUGAGAUUUAUGUUUUGGGUGGCAUUGGCUGUGUAGGUCGAGACAAAGGUCAAGUUCGAAAAUGUCUUGAUGUGGUGGAGAUCUACAACCCAGACGGGGACUUCUGGCGAGAGGGCCCUCCCAUGCCGAGUCCCCUGCUCUCCCUGCGGACCAACUCCAGCAGCGCAGGAGCAGUGGACGGAAAGCUCUAUGUCUGCGGGGGAUUCCAUGGAGCAGAUCGCCAUGAGGUUAUCUCCAAAGAAAUACUGGAGCUGGAUCCAUGGGAAAACCAGUGGAAUGUUGUAGCCGUUGAUGUGCUCAUGCAUGACAGCUAUGACGUCUGCCUGGUGGCCAGAAUGAACCCCCGAGACCUCAUCCCCCCGCCUUCAGACGUGAUGGAAGGAGGCAAUGAACACUGAGGUGACCUUGCCGGAGGACCUCCCGCUGUGUCUGCAAACAAGGCCCUGGGCAUGGCAAGGGCCCACGGCCUCUGUCAGUCUUGCCAGACACGCGCAUUGCAUGCGUAGUGGCCGCAGGAAGGAGCAGAGUGCACCGGGUGCCGGAGGGGCAUGCGGAGCCUGCCUCAGGCCCCUCCCAGUCUGCAGGUAGACAAGACACCACAAGGCCGAAGUGGUUAUGGCCACAAGAGGGGCACAGGGUGGGACCACAGGAGGGCAGGGGUUGGAGGGUCUCUCUCUGCUGGGGCAACAAGAAUAGCAUUGCCAAGGGGAGGGCCUUGAAUUGGGCCCAAAGAUUGAGGGAGACAAAGUCACACAGGUGCAGCUGAUGAUGAGGCCGAGGGCACAGCCCAGCAAGGGCCAGAGGUGAGAAAGCAUGGCCCACUGGCAGGAUCCCAGCUGAGCCAGAUUGCAGGGGAAGGGCACAGGAUUUGCUACUAUGGCUACAAAAGGACUUUGUAGUUAAAUGACCAGCACCUGAAAGAAGGAGGCGUUUGGGCCUGGUCCCUGAGCAAGGGAAUUUCUCAAAAUAAUGAUGUUAAAGGAAGACUUCUUCUUGUGCUCUAGCUUCGUUUUGGGAAAGUCCUGUGUAUUGCUGUUCAGAAGACCCUUUUAUCGCAGCGACAUCACCCAGCAGCAGGGCUGGGGGCAGCCUGCAGGUUCAUGACAGCCUCGGCGCUCCAGCAGAGAAGUCCUUUGCCCAGUUCUUAGACACACACCACCUCCUACAGGUUGGCUCUGGCUGAACAAAACUGGCCUCAGCCUGGGGCGGCGCCUGGGGCUCAGUGAGUAGGGUGCCGACCCCAUAUACUGAGGGGUGGCGGUGAACCCAGCCCCAGCCAAAACUGCAACGACCCCCUCCCAAAAAAAAAAAAAAAACUGGCCUAAGCCACCCACCCCUGAGACCCCGGCUGAGGAGAGAGGAAGUGACAUUGCUGGCCGCCCUCUCGGCCCAGUCUUUGCAAUAUCUUCCCCAGGGUUGGAGGGUUUUAGGGUAGAGACACCUUCUUCGGCCCACAGUUGAGCAUCAUCAGAAGACAGCUGCUCCCAAGGUAUAUUUUAAGGAUGAUAUUUAAAUGGCACAUGGGAAAUCCAUCUAUUUUACUUAUCCUCUGUAUUUCUGAAAGCUCAGUGGAUUGAAAGAAGGCUAUUUGGUAGCCAUUCUUCAACAACUUCUCAGAAGAGUUUCAUGUUGCACAGGCUCUUUCAGAAGCAGGACUGGUCAUUAACACACAAGGAUUUUCAAGGAGGGAGACAAGCUCUUUGGUGCCCAGUUGUGUGACUGUGAUGGCUAUUAGCCCAUGUCCCCAGUUUCUAGCUGCCAAGCAGGCAGGAGAGGCAGGCCCAAUAGAAACCAGAGCCCAUUGGAAACCUGUUUCUGCCACCAAAGUGGGGGAACAUGAGACCCAGCAUUGUUGUUACCAAGGAGGCUCGACUCUAGGAGAGGACACGCCUGUCUCUUCACAGUUGUACCCAAGAGCACUGGAAGCACCUGAAACACGGAUGGGUCUUGGGGCAAGCAAAAUGGGGCAGCAUCUCCAAGCCAGAGGGCCUGGUCUCUAAGCAUGUCUGGGGAUCUGAGUCAAAUUGAGCUCACCCUUCUCCCUGGUAGAGGGUCACCUCUGUGGAUUCUUUUUGCUGCAGAGAUAGAGUCAUUCCUCUGAGCUGGCUAUGCUGGCUGGAGCCAGAGUUGAGGACGGCCUCCACAAGGCCUCUGCUUUCCCAAGUUCCUCAUCACAGAAUGCCUGUGCCUGCUCCACCUACUUGAAUUUGCCAGAAUCUGCCGCAUUUCCCUGGCCCCAGGAGGCCUGGUGGGCGCCCAGGUUGGAGAUCUGGGCUCUCGUCCCAGCUCUACUCUUAGCUAGCCAUGUGAUCUUCAGCAAGAUGACCUUUCUAAAGCCUUAUUCCCUUGGUACAGAACGGGAAGGGAAACAGCACAUACCUUCUAAGGUCAACUGAGGAUUGAGUGAGAAAACGCUGAGCAAAGUGCCUGUUAAACACCGAACACAGACGUGCUCUGGCGCCCUCAUGAUCAGUGCGAUCUCCUGGGGCUUCAGUGGGAGAGGUGCCUAGGACCUGAAGUGGGUCUUAAUUUCCCAGACCAGCCACUUGGCUCCUCAGGUUGGUGGCUGAGAAACAAGCAAAAAACCACUCGUAUCUGAGGUCCCUGCAGCUAUACAGGACACCUUCAGAGACCCUAAGGCAGCUCACCAGAGGCACCUGAGGGUCACACUGGGUACAACCAUUGUCCAUGGGAGGCAUGGUGAAGUAAGACCCUGUCGAAUGCGAAGUCUGUGGAGUGUCAGAAUGGGGCUUCCCUAAGAGCACUGAGGGGGGACCCAGGAGGACACCCAGCCUCUGCCUACAGCCAAGACAGUUGGUGACCGUGACUGGGAGCUGGUUUGCACUGAGGCACAGGAAGGUGCCUAGAGGCAUGCUUUUACAGAGUCAUUCUGCAAACCCCAAACAGAAGCUGCGCAGACUUCGGAUGUCGACCUUAGCUCUCCUGCGCUCUCUGUGACACGCGCUCACUCGGUCUAGUGCUUAUUCUCUCCUCCGCUCUCUGUGACACACGUUCAGUCUAAUGCAUAUUCACAGAGCUGGGUGCUUCUGUUCUGACUGUCCUGUUUAUAAUUAAAACAGCACACCUCUGCCCUCCUGCGGCUGGACACUGAUUCAACCCUGAAACAUUCUCCUCAGCUCCUGUUUUCACUCGAGUACAAGGCUGUCCCGAUAUUGCGUGCCGAGCUCAGCAGAACCUUCCCUGUCUGCUAGUUCUCAUCUCUGUGAUCCAGGAUUCUCUGGCACUGAGCAGUGAAACACAGCAGGGAAGUAAUCUGGGUGCUGAAUCCAACAGGAGACUGCGGCUGUCACGGCACCGCUGCCUCGGGUGUUCAACGGGACAGCAUCAUUGUUCUCACUGAUUGACUUGGUAAUGAGCAAAUGCUUUAAAUUUGAACUUAUAAAAUAAAUUUUACUAAUGAAAGAUCACUUUCAUUUUCUUUUUCAUACUGCAAAUUCCCAGAGUGGGGAAAGACCCUCCAUGGGAUAAACGGCCACAGGGGCAGGCCCUUGAGGUGGGCGAGAGGCGGCAGGUGGGCCCUUUACUGGGGCUAACGCACAGGAGGACGUCCAGAAAAGGGGACAAGGCCAAGCACAGAUACCUUGAAGGCCACAUCAAGGAGCUGGCCCCUUAUGCCCCAGCAGCAGGGACGCAGGCAAGGCCAACCUCUAAGGACAUCACAGCCCUGUGUAGCUGAAUAGGACAGAAGCAGGCCCUGCGGCUGGAGUCCUAUGGAGGAGCCCUGUGGAGGGAGCGCUGUGGGGGGAGUCCUAUGGGGCGGCACCUGUGGUUCAGUGAGUAGGGCACCGGCCCCAUAUACCGAGGGUGGUGGGUUCAAACCUGGCCCCGGCCAAACUGCAACAAAAAAUAGCCAGGCAUUG